AGAACUGAAGAAACGUGGACGCAUGAACUAUCUACCCUCCGGGAUGGAGCUGGGCAGACCCCAAGGGCGCUCUGAGUGCUCUCCGCGCCGGGAGGGGUGUGGGCCACCCUUGGAUUCUGGCUCCCCUAAUCCUGCGCUGGCGGAGGCGGGAAGUGCCCAAUCAAUAGCAAGUGGGAACUUGAGAAAGCAGAAGGGAAAGAAUUUGGAUUGCCAGUCCUGGGUCAGAGAGAAAGUGCUCUUUCUUCUGCACCCGGAGAGGUGGUUGGGAACACAGGCGGACUCUGCUUGCGCAGGGCUGGUGGACAGCGAGAACCUUCCCCCGACGAUUGGAGACCACUACGAUUCCAAACGGAAACCAAAGCUUUCCCGCAGGCGCAUUGCCACGGCCCCGGGGGCCCAGCCCGAGGACCCCGAAAACACACCCAGGUCCCUGUUGGUGCGGGUCGUGGAUUACCAGGUGACACAGGAGGUGCUGUGGACCGCAUGGACCAAGGGGAGUAUGACCACGAGGACCGAGGAGCGUUCUGUGACCGCAGUCACCUUUCGGACACAGAGGGAGAGGGAGUGACACAGCUUAUGGGGCACCGGAGCCACAGCCAAACCCCUAUCCUAUCGCCAAGGACCUGAUGCUCGAAGGACGUUAAACACACAGAUCUCUGGAGCCUGAGAAAUGUUCCAGGACAGUGGUUGCGGGGGAAAAUGCUUGAAGAACAAAUUUUAAGCUGCUUGAGAUGUUCUCUGUGGCUUGAGUGUCUCACAAUGAUUAAGGAGAAGAAAAGGUGAAGAACAUUUUCCUUUCCUGUCUCAGAAGAGCAUCUGAACUUGUCCUCGGUACCAAGGAAUCUCUCCAACAACUGGGUCUUGAUUCUAUGACUUAACCUUCAUCGCACAGAAAAAACAAGUUUAUCUAAAAUUAUGGUUGUUAGAUUAAUUACAUCAAAGACUCCCCGAGGGUCCAUUUGGGUACAUUAUGACUGCUACAAAUGUCCAAGUCACAUAAUUACCACAGAUCAAGCAAGUGUCUACCUCCAUUUUAUUAAUAUGUGUUUUUUGUCUUAAUUGGUUGAGGUCAUGGCUCACUGGCUAGCCCAGGCUUACUUUGGACUUGGUGUCUAGCCUGUGAUGGCUAACCUUGAUACCUUUCCAUGUCAGCUUCCCACAUAUCAGGACGAUAGUAUGUGCCAGAAUGCCUGACUGCCACCUCUCUCUAGUAUUUUUAUUCACAUCUGUUAUUACCUGUGAUAUUCAAUACAUUUGACCCGCGGUUGUAUUGAGGGGCCAUAUCAUCUGUUUCUAUUAAAACUCACUGUGAUUCUUUUUUCCUAAGCUUUUUUAAUUUUAAAUGUGCAUGAGUGUUUGCCUGCAUGAGUAUAUGUAUACAGUGUGCAUGCUAGCUGCCCACAAAGAACAAAACAAUGUAUUAGAGUCCCUAAAAUUGGAGUAUAGGUGGUUGUGAGCCUCCAUAUGGAUGCUGGAAACUGAGCUUGAACCCUCAGAGAGUAUAGGCAGUGUUCUUAACCACUGAGCUAUUUGUCCAGUCCUGAUGUAAGAGUCUAAAAAUUGCUGAAGGAAGACUUCAGACUCACAUAGUAUGCAAAAACAAAGAGUGUUUAUUCUACAGAAACAUCUAGCAUGGGGUUGUGGGGGUGGGACGGGAGCGGUGGGGUCAGUCAUUCUCCAAAAUGAUCACCCCAGACAAAGGCAUUUGGGCCUUCUUAUAGGGAGCCAGGGUAACUCUCUAGAAGGAUUAGGUAAUCUAAAAUUUCAUUGGUGGAUGCUAGGGGGUUACAGGUGGUCAGUGGUGUGCAUUCCUAUAUCAUGAACAUUUAACCGUGUGAUAAAAUGGGGCUUCCCAGGGCAUAUGGCCUUUUCUGAGAUAUGAUACUUCCCCAUUUUUGUGGUUAUCUCCAGGAUGUCCUUCAGAGGAGGUUUUAUAAUUUUGUUCUGGGUUUUAUGGUCUGUCCCUGGAGCUGGUGUCUUAUGGCCUAGUUUCUGGGACUUAGGUCUAUUCUAGGAGUAGUGCCAUACAGCAUUUUUUUUCAAAAUCAAGUCUGGUUCUUUAAUGGAGACAAAUGGGGUUAACUUUGUCCUUUCACUGAACAUGACCCUUAAGAGAAUAAAGGAUAAGCUUUAUUUGCAAAAUAAAAUGUUGUGGCUGG